CCUCACAGCAAUUGUCGCUCACAGCAAUUAAUAAAUUCCAAUAUUAAGACAGUUGAGAUUAACUAUGAGAAGAACAGCUUUCAUUAUUUUUUGCUUGACGUGGGUUUCCUUAAACAAAGUUUUUCUAGAAGCUCUUUACGUUGAAGCUAACUUAAUCUCACAUAAUGUUACCAAAAAUGAAACUAAUAGUCGUGAAGAAACUGUGAACAAAUUCAGUGACACGUUGCAAUAUUCGAUCGUCAAUGGGCACCAAGCUAAAAUCAGACAUUUCUUCGUGCGUGUUUCCAGGGUGGGGCAUCCUAAUAUCUUCUGUGGGGGAGCGUGCAUCGGUGCUCUUUGGGUAAUAACUGCGGCAACUUGUGUGCUGGGAGCAGAGGCUUCUGCAGUGGUAGUCGAAAUAGGAGACUUCACUUCUACCAGAACAUUUCUCAAGAAAAGAUUUACGCAGAAGAUAUUCAUACCAAACAAUUUUGAGAAAUCGAACAGACCCCUGAACAACAUCGCCCUCCUUCAACUCUUUAAACGAAUCAACGCAUUCCACCAGAUUCAGAUUUGCCCCAAACCCAUGGACCUGGGUCAUACUCUGGCAUUCACUGGAUUGGGAUCUACCACCAGGAAACUCACAACGCUACCCAAAACCCUACAGGAAAUGCCACUUUAUGAAUCAGUAUUCGAGUCAGCGAGUCCAUUUGAGAUGGAGGGGUGUCGCAGUCAAGACAUAUGCACAGAGAAUAUUCUAGAAGAUUCCAACAUGUGCAUGCAUGACGAAGGUAGUCCCAUUUUCAGUCUCCUGUGCGUCAGAGCCACUCAAAUAGUUAAACCCAACUGUCUUUAUGGAGUAGCCAGUUACUUCAUCAACAAAACUCACAUCAAUGGUCAUCCGCCCAUGCAGUCGGGAAGUAUCUGCAAUGACGGGAGUGUGUUUGCCAGACUCACCAACCAUUUAGACUGGAUCUAUAGUGUGACAGGCCAACUUCACUGACUAAUUACCCAAUCAUUUCAGAGCUAUAAAAAUGGUGAAUUACUUUUCAUUUGAA